AUGCUGGCGCUCCUGUCGCCUGCCAAGACUAUGGAUAUGGCUCCGGCCAAGAGUUCCAAGUCGCAGCCGCAGCUUGCCAAGCACACGGAGGAGCUUCUGAAAGUGCUGAAGAAGCUUCCUGCGGCCGAGCUGAAGAGGAUGAUGGGCUUGAGCCCUGAGCUCACCAAGCAGACCGCGGCGAGGUUUGUGUACAGCCUCUACCUCGAGAGCAUCUCCCUGACCACGACCAACGCUUCACUGACGGACCGCGAGGCCUUCUGCCGGUGGACGCUGAAGGGCCUGGAAGACCGCUCCCCGGGUUUCACCCUGCGCUGCGAGCCCCAUGGCUGGCAGGGCUUCUGUAGCUUCAUCGUGGCGUCAUUUCCGACGCCCCACGAGCGGAACCUUUGCGUUAGGCUGGCUUUGAGCCCGGCGCCGCCCUUGGGCUCACUGCCCCAGUCGGACCUGGCCACGGCCUUCGUGGAUCUGGCGGAUCUCAGCGCGGAAGAGCGCUUUAAGGUGGACUUCCUCGAGCUGCGGGAUACCGAGUUGCAGGUCGUGGCUGUGGCAAAGCUCCACAGCGCCUCGCAGCAGCGGUGGACCACCGAGCGGACGUCACCCCCAAAGCAGGCACGGUUUCUGGACUACACCACCGACGCGCAGGCCCGGCGUCUCUACGAGCACAUCGCCGCGGCGGCCGGCAUCGCCGGGGGCCUUCGGCAUUUGUUGUGCUUCAUACGUCUGGCAGUCUUGCAGCCCACGCUCGCGAUUUUGGGCGUCUUUUUGGGCGGCUCGCUCGCGAGCCCGUAA